AUGAGAACGACAACCUCAAGGACUUCCCAGGAAAUGUUGAAUUACGAUGAUACAAAUCCAGAGCUCUAUGCCUUCCUCGUUAGCACGAAGGGCAUAUUAAUGAUUGCUUUAGCCGGAUUAUUUGUAUUCCUUGGUGCUAUUGCAUCUCUACAUUUUCUUGGACAAAAGGGUGUUUGCUCAUAUGCAACAGUAGUUUUGUUUUCAUUCUUUUUCAUUCGCCACAUUGUUGGUGAAAAUAAAGUCAAAAUGAACCAUCUCAAGAAAGAAUAA